CGCGCCCCCGACGCCGGCCCGGGCGCCGCGGCGCUGCGGCUGCGGGCGGCGACGCUGCACCAUGGCCCGGCCGGUGCGGGCCGCCCGACUGCCGCCGCCGCUGCUGUUGCUGCUGGCCGCGGGAGCUUCCCUGGGUGCCUGUGCAGCCAGCAUGGAUGAGCCUGGCCCCGAGGGCCUCACUUCCACCUCCCUGCUCGAUCUUCUGUUGCCCACUGACUUUGAGCCGCUGGACUCGGAGGAGCCCAGUGAGGCCAUGGGCCUGGGCGCCGGCCUAGCUCCGGGCUCGGGCUUCCCCAGUGAGGACAGUGAGGAGUCCCGCCUCCUGCAGCCACCACAGUACUUCUGGGAAGAGGAGGAACUGAAUGGCACCAGCCUGGACCUGGGUCCCACUGCAGACUAUGUCUUCCCAGACCUGACUGAGAAGGUGGCUUCCAUGGAAGAUCCAGGCCAGGUUCAAGACCUGCCAAACCUCCCCUCCAUCCUGCCCAAGACGGAUCUUGCUGAGCCUCCCUGGCAUAUGCCUCUGGAGGAGGAGGAGGAGGAGGAAGAAGAGGAAGAGGAGGAAGAAGAGGAGGAGGAGGAAAAGGAAGAAGAGGAGAGGGAGAAGGAAGAAGCAGAGGAGGAGGAGGAAGAACUGCUCCCCGUGAGCGGGUCCCCAGAAGGAACCACCAUGCAGGCCCACGACUCUUCACCUAGUGUCAGCAGCCCCAGCAGCCAGGGUCCUGGGGCCAACAGACACAGGCAGGAGGAUUCUGGGGACCGGGCCACAUCAGGCAUGGAGGUGGAGAGCAAUGUGAAGCCUGCUUUCUCAAUGCCGUCAGUUACCCCAAGUACAGUGGCCCUGGGGGAUCAGAACUAUAGCCAGGAGUUUGGGGGCACGGAGUGGCCAGCUGGGGGGCUGGGGGUACAGUCUGAGGUCACCCAGGGAGCUGGUGAGGAGGCCACCCUGGGAGCAGCUGGCUUAGAUGGCCAGCAGGGGGCACUGCCACCCUCCUCAUUCCCACAGACAGUGGCUCCAAGUGGGACUGAGGUCCCCAGUGAGGGUCACCUUUACCCCAGCACCCCAGACUCUCUCCCACCUGGACCCCAAGACACAGAAUCAACCCCUUCCUCUGCUACCUGGGGACAAGAAGGUCUCAGUGAGAAGCCCCUGGAGGGUCUGGCAGCCGAAGCUCGCUCACUAACACCUUGGGACUCUACUCAGGUGAUCUGCAAGGAUUGGAGCAACCUGGCUGGGAAGAACUACAUCAUCCUGAACAUGACGGAGAACGUAGACUGUGAAGUGUUCCGGCGGCAUCGGGGACUCCAGCUCCUAUCCUUGGUGGAGGAGGUCCUGCCACGCCACCGCAGUGGCCAGCAUGGGGACUGGCACAUCUCUCUGAGCAAGCCCAGUGAGAAAGAGCAGCACCUGCUGAUGACACUUGUGGGCGAGCAGGGGGUGGUACCCACGCAAGAUGUCCUUUCCAUGCUCAGUGGCAUCCGCAGGAGUCUGGAGGAGAUUGGCAUCCAGAACUACUCCACCACCAGCAGCUGCCAGGCGCGGGCCACCCAGGUGCGCAGUGACUACGGGACACUUUUUGUGGUGCUGGUGAUCAUUGGUGUCAUCUGCUUCAUCAUCAUUGUGCUUGGCCUACUCUACAACUGCUGGCAGCGUCGGCUGCCCAAGCUGAAACACGUGUCGCACGGCGAGGAGCUGCGCUUUGUGGAGAACGGCUGCCACGACAACCCCACGCUGGACGUGGCCAGCGACAGCCAGUCGGAGAUGCAGGAGAAGCCGCCCAGCCUGAACGGCGGUGGGGCCAUCAAUGGCCCGAGCAGCUGGAGCGCGCUCAUGGGCAGCAAGCGCGACCCUGAGGACUCGGACAUGUUCGAAGAGGACACACACCUGUGAGCGCCCGGCCACGCGCCCACUGCGCGGGACUACCCGACGCCGCGGCCCCGUGCCCCUCCCGGCCCUCCGCGCAGGGCCACUUUGCUUCCCCACCGCAGCAGGCGACCGCGGGCGCAGCUCCCACCCCGUCCCGCCCGGCCCCGAGCGCUGCCCGAGGGCGGCCCGCUCCCCGCGCCCGGACUCCAUUAAAGCCGCCAAGACGCGCGGGCCGCU